AUGUCUCAUUGUUGGAUUUCCAUCCCAUCUCUCCUCGUUCUAUUAUUGCUGCAUACUCCCGAGAUUUGGUGUGCUUCGACAGACAGCUUCUACUUCACUCGAUCACCGCGGGAUCAGGAUGUAAAAGAAGGUCAACCAUUGAGAUUGGAGUGUGCUGUUCAACCGAAUGAUGAUAUUCACUACUCUUGGGUUCAGAAUGGAAUGCGAAUUGACCCAGAUAAACAGAGUGGAAGACGAUAUCUGGAGGGAGAUUCAAAUUUGCGAAUUCUUCACGCAGAUCGGGAUAUUGAUCCGGGAAGAUACCAAUGUCAGGCUCUCAAUAAGACCUCAAAGUUUAUGAGCGCUAGUCGAGAGGCUUCGAUUAAUGUGUACUGGAUGGAUCCCGAGAUUGAGGUGAAACUCAUCCAACCCUCUCGAAUUGAAGAUAUUAGACUCAAAGGCGUAGUCGAACUAGCUUGUGGAGUUAAAUCCAACCCCCCAGCACAAAUGAACAACAUUUUCUGGUUUCAUAAUGGCAAUGGACGUUUGCCCAAUAUGCGUGUAUUGCAGAGCGGAAAUUUGAUUAUCGACAACUUUGGUCUGGAACAUAUCGGCUCCUUCCACUGUCGCGUUAUCCAUACUGCUGGAAAGGUUGACAGCCGACCUCCGUUUGUCCUUCAGGUUACCAAUGAUCCAGAACCCCGAGUCAAUUCAAGUAUGAACGGCAAAACUUUUCUCAAAUAUGCGCUAAAGGGCCUUCCCCUUGAAUUAGCUUGCCCACUACCUGUCUCCUCAGUUAUGGAUGCCCCUCUCUCUGUUGUCUGGGGUUACAUGACCCGGCUGGGUGAACAGCAGCAACCAAUCGGCUCUCUUCCGGGUGUCCGAGUCACGGGGGAGGCUGAUUCCACUUUGCUUAUUGAUCGAUUUGAGGCUAUUCAUGCCAACUUCUACACCUGUGAAGUCAAUGCGCCCCUCACAUCAGAAAUAUAUUUCUACGUCUUUCAGAUUUACCUUGCAGAACUUUACACUCCCAAGCCCUCCAAUUUCGCUCCUCGUCCACGACAAAAUCAUCCUCUUGCUGUUCGCCUCGGUGAAACCCUUGAGCUUCGGUACUAUGAAGAUCUGACCCCAUCGCAAUCCUACACCGCUGAAAAUAUUUCCAAUCCUCCACCACAGAUUGAAUGGUUUCGAACUCUCCCCGGGCACCUUGAACCCCAACGCGUCCCCCCAGCUCACAGCUCUAAAGCGGAAUCCGAAAUGAAAGCGUAUGUUAAGAAUGGACGGCAUUUGGUAAUUAAAGACGCCAGUGAAAGUGAUAGUGGUGGGUAUGAAAUGAUCCUCUCAAGUGUCGCCGGUCGUGUAUCUGUACCCUUUCAGAUCAUGGUUUCAUUUCCUCCUGAGUUUGAGCAAGCCCAGGAAUCUCAGGUACUGGAUGAAGGCCAAUCUCUCAUUCUUAGUUGCCAUAUUCGUAGACGGGCCCAUCCAGGAAGUAGGAUCUACUGGGAGAAGGAUGGAAGACCGCUGGUGAACUACGGAAAUGACAUCUUGGCAGAAGGUGAUGGCGAAAGACUUCGACUUCCCCACGUUACCAUUGACCAUCAGGGUCGGUAUCAAUGUUUCGUCCUUACUGACGGUUAUCCGAAGAAAUUCCCCGGUCAGAUGCAACAUAUCGAGGUUCGCGGACGUCUUCAAUUCGUCCGUGAAAUCAAGGAGCACUUUCUUGAAGUGAAUGUCCAGGGAAAAUUGACCUGUAAGGUGCGAGGCUAUGGUCAAUUGAAUGUUAACUGGUUCAGGAAGACUCCCAACGGUCUGAUGCCCAUCCAGAAACCCAAUCAAGUCGAAAAUGGCGUACUCAUAUUCCAAUAUGUUCAGAAGCAAGAUUCUGGAGAGUACGUCUGCGUUGCACAAUCGAACUAUCAGAACGGGGAGAUCCAGAUGACUGUCAAGGUUAUUGUUGGAGAAAUACUUUGUCAAAAGAGAUUAAAUCCAAUUUUCCAAUUAACAGAAAAGCCCAGGAUUUCAGACAUCAGCACAAACCAGACUAUUCAAGAGGGCAGCCGUCUCUUGUUGAACUGCAAGGCCUCAGGAGACCCAAGACCACAGAUAAGUUGGGUCGUAAAACGUCCGAACAUACGAGAUCCGUUUAUCUACUCCUCAAUAAUACCAGGACAACCCAAUACUGCUGAUAAUCUGCUGGGAAAUGUAUUCGACUCGUCUCGACCUGAUAGUGAGGAAGCGAGUUUAGCUAAUGCACUGAUCAAAUCUGGACCUUUGGAUGAGAGAAUCCAAGUCUUACCUAAUGGUAGUUUGGUGAUCAAUCAGGUCCUACUCAAGGAUGGAGGAGAGUAUAUCUGUAUUGCUGGAAACAAGCAUGCCAUUCAAACACGACAAGGUGUUCAUGUCAGUGUGCUCACUCCUCACGACUAUGCUAAUCUUGGAAGCGGAGAAGAUAACUUAAGUCCAGGAAUGGCAAGAACGAUCGUGAUUGUAGUGAAUUGUGCAAUUGCCUAUUUGGGUUUAAUAUUCGGUCUUACAGUGUAUUGUAGUGUCCGGUACUUUAAGAACAGGCGAUAUCGCGCUCAGAAUGCUAAAACACCAGAGUCUGGACACUUAAUAGGAAAAGGCGGAGCACCAUUGACUCAAGAUAAUAAUUGUGUUCUUCUCCUUAACGAUGAAAUGAUGACGAAUGGGUCACGAGCACCCACAGGUUCUCCAAAUGACACUUCAGCAACCGACUUGGGUGUAGUGCAGAAUUUCAACGGUUACCGGAAUAACGGUAAUGGGAAAGCCUAUUCCCCAGCAGCCAAUUACGUGAUGAGUAAUGAAGGCCCACCGCCACCCUCAAGACCACUCUUCCCUCAAACCCCCCAAACGACUGCCAAUGGGACUCCAGUGUACCCUGUUAAUGUAACCUCGACAACAACUGGAGACUCCUGCGGAUCUCGAAUGGUUGCCGCGCCACCCCCAACCCCUCUCGAUUCCCGAUCGCAUUUCAGUGGUCUUUCGUCCUCUGGGAACUCUGCCAGUGCUUACUCAAGGUCACUAAUCAGUGGAGCGUCGAAUAGUACUGGUGGACCCCCCAACUUUCCAGGAGGUGGUGGAUACGCAGUCCAUGGAGGUGUAAUUAAUGGAGGAACGCUUGGUGCACAAUACCAUCAUCCUGGUGAUAUGAUGGGCGCUUACAAUCAUUGA